AUGAUUUCCUUCUUCGGUACCCAGUCCGUAGGCGUGAAACUCUGCCCGUCGGACGACUACAACGACUCUGCUGCUUCUUUCAAAGAAAUUACAGAGACAUACAUCUACUACAUUAACCAGAUCAUGGCCCGAGAGGUGGGAUUUAUUAAUCUCUCAGGACGGGGGUGUGAUGUUAGUCGUGAGGGGACGGAUGAAUACUUCAAGCCCAGCCCUAGACCUGAGGGAUUGGAGUUACCGGUUGUUUAUGAACUGGUACAGCAGUUCGGGGGGUUGAUCAAAUAUCCCGGUAGUAAGACGAUGUUGAUGGUGAAUCAUGAGUAUAGUGUUGAGGCGGAGAGGGUUGUUAGGGAAGGGGUUGUGGAUUUAGUGGCAUUUGGGAGGCCUUUCAUCUAUAAUCCGGACCUGGUUAGUCGUGUGAGAAAUGGAAUUCCCCUGCCUGGGAAUGAUCGAGGUGAGAGGGUGAACUACGGGUCAUAUGAGACGGUGGAUGAGUAUUAUAAUGAUUGGCCUCGGGCUGUUGCCUAA